AUGGCAGAUAGAGGACGAGCUCAAAGUCGUGGAGGCGGAGGAAGAGGCUCUAGCAGAGGCCAAUCAUCUGGAGGUCGUGGUGGUCGAGGAGGUGGAUCUGGAAAUACUGGUGGUGGUGCUCGUGAUCAAGGACCUAAACGAGAAGCAAUCAUUGAUCUCGCAAAAUACAUGGACAAGCAGAUUCGAGUCAAGUUUAUGGGUGGACGUGAAGUCGUUGGCUCAUUGAAAGGAUAUGAUCCGUUACUCAACCUUGUGUUGGAUGAUUGUGUUGAACAUUUACGAGAUCCCGAAGACCACACAAGACUAACAAAAGAGACCAGGAAUCUGGGACUACUUGUAUGCCGAGGAACAACUCUAGUCUUGAUAUCGCCUGUAGAUGGAUCUGAACAGAUACCAAAUCCUUUCAUGCAAGCGGAAGAUGAAUAA